AUGCCUUUUUCAAUUUGUAGAAGAUCGAUUUUCCCCUUUUUAAUAUUCAAAAAUACUAAAAAAAGAUCAACGAAACAUUUUCGAUUUUUUUCAGAAGAAAUUAAGGAAAUUACACACAACGAUAAACAAACAAAAGAAUUAAUUCAAGAAAUAAAACUUUUAAAAAAAAAUAAAAAACAAGUAAAGAACGAUAUAGAUAUAAGAGAAAUAAACUAUUUAAUUAAAAAAGAGAAAAUGAACAAACUCAAAGAAAUGAAACAGAAGGUAGCAAAUGAAUAUGUAGAAACCUACCCACAUGCAUAUGAAGACUUCAGCUUAAGAAACCAAGUACUACCAAAGGAUGCACAAGAUGGAGAUCCAUUGGCUAGUAACGGUGCAUGGGGUAGAAAUGGAGGAAUAAGUCCUUUCCAUCAUUUAAGUUACCCAAAUGACGAUAUGAAAAAUGUGAAUCUUGAUGCAGCGGAAAUGUAUAAAUUAGAUGAACAAAUGAAUAAUUUGAACAUUUGGAAUGUUGAAAAAACAACAAGUCCUCAUCGUUUUAAUGACAGGACAUCAUCUCAAUGGAACCAGCAGGUUAGGGGAGAACAAGAUCAGCAGCACUUCCGCCACGCGAAUGGUAUGAAGAAUGGUGUAGAGAAUGGUAUGAUGGAUGGCAGAAAUAGUGGUACCAUGAAUUUCUAUGACACGAAUGAAAAUAUCAAUAGUCAAUUUGGAAGUAGCAACCAAUUUGGAAGUAGCACUCAAUUUGGAAGUAGCAGUCCAUUUGGCAGUAGCAGUCCAUUUGGCAGUAACAACCAGUGGGAAAGUAACAGCCAAUCUGGCAGUGGCAGUCCAAAUUCUUAUAGCGCAAUGUUUGCCCCCAAUGAUCCUCGUCUCACUUGGGAAGGGUCUCAUGAUUACCAUUAUGCAAAUGAAGAUAUUAACAACUUUUACGCUUUGAAUAAUGACAAUGACUGUUUUAAUUUUUUAAACAUGCUGAAGGAAGCGAACAGUAUGCCUUUGGAUGGGAAGGAAGAAUUUAAAAGUCAGAAAAUACCGCAGAAUCCGAUGGAGCUUGUAUUGGUAUUGCAUGAACAUUGGGUUAGUCUAAUUGGUCUAGGUAGCCAAAGGGGAGAACUCAAUGGUGUAGAUGUAGCAGGUGCAGAAGUAGAAGGUGCAGAAGUAGCAGGUGCAGAAGUAGCAGGUGCAGAAGUAGCAGGUGCAGAAGUAGCAGGUGCAGAAGUAGCAGGUGCAGAAGUAGCAGGUGCAGAAGUAGCAGGUGCAGAAGUAGCAGGCGCAGAUGUAACAUGUGCAUAUGUAGCAGGUGCAGAUGGACUUCCAAGAGGUCGCGAAAAGAAUAUCCAAUUUGACGAAAGAGACGCCCUGGAGAAACUGAUCCAGCUAGACGAAUGUUGGAAAGAUAAAGGAUUUUCAGAACUGAAAAUGAAGUGGAGAAAAAAAUUAAAUGAGAUCGAAUUUGUGGUAGAAAAGAACAAGGAAUUUUAUGAAAAAUUGAGAAAUCGGGCGGAAUUCAUUAGCAACUCAUUCAGUAUAGCUCAGAGUAUUUUUAUUUUAUGCUUUUAUCACGCAAUAGAUUGCCUAUCACUAGAAAUGAAAAAUAAAUUUAUUCCAAAAUUUACAUCCAAUUUACACAUGUUAAAAAUGAAUCAUGUUCUCUUGCUUCUUUAUAUGUACGGAAAUGAAAAAGAAAAUUAUGUAGACUUCUUACACAUGCUGACAAUGUAUUUUUUUAACAAGAGAAAGAGUUUGUUAAAUGCUGAAAAAUCAGAUGAGUCUAAAACCAGUGGAAAUGUAAAUUAUAAAUAUCAGCAUUUACAGAGAGAAGCUUCUGGAGGAAAAAAAAAUUUCAGCGAUGAUGAAAUAAAGAUAAAUUUAAUAAGGAAAAGUAAAGAUAUAAAAUUUUUGGAAAUAUGUCUAAAGCAUGGAAUCAAAUUAGAUGAUUCCUUACAUAUAUUUUAUCAUCAAGAUUGUUUACAUUUCUACAACAAGGAAGAUUUUUUCAUAUUAUUUCAAUGUUUUUGUUUUCUAACAGACAAAAAUGAUAUGACUUUGCUUAACAAUGCAUUGAAACGGUUCCCUUUUGAACUUACGAAGAUGAAAUUAUUUAAUAGUAUUAAUCAUAUGAGGAAUUUCUUAACGUGUAAAAAAGAAUAUCCUUUUACAAAGUUUACUUUCUGCGAGUUAGAAAUUAUGCUUGAUGCAUUAAACAAUCUGGACUGUGCAGAAUUUUUUAAAAAUGUAAAAAAUUGUGUUCAAGAUGAAUAUCUUAAAAGUGCUGCAAGAACUAUAAAAAAAAAUGCACAAUUAAAUGAACCUCCUCCAAAAGCUGAGCCAAAAAAAUCCAAUCCAGAAAGCGAAAAAAGGUGGAAAAGAACUUUCGUGAUUGACAGUAGAUACGACAGGAUCAAGAAACCACGUACACGUAGGGGGGCUCUAUGGAUGAUGAACCAUUUGAAAAUUUUUCAAAAUGUCAAAUUAGUUCCAGAGGAAAAACUAAAUGUUGUGAACUAUUGUAUAUUCUACAACGUAACGAAUAGUCUCCGACAUUUGUUUGUAUCCCCCAUUUUUCGAAGGACUGAUUUGCAUGAAAUAUUGGCAGAUGUGAAAUUUGCAAAGAGCUCCUUUUACUUUUUGGAUGAACAGUUCCACUUCGAUUGCAUGGUUAAGAUGGACAUGUACCCGGAGGGGGGGGAGGCAGUGAACGGGGCAGAAAACGGGGCAGUGAACGGGGCAGAAAACGGGGCAGAAAACGGGGCAGAAAACCCGAAUCGUACAAGAAACCAGAACAAAGAUUUGAUACACUUAUUUUUAUGCGAUCAAGAAAGCGUAAAUAACUAUUUCUUCCAAUAUGAAAAGAGAAUUGUGAAAAAAGUAUCAACUGACUUUUUGAUUAAUUCCAUUUUGUUCAUAAACAAUUAUCUAAGGGAAUUAAGAUGUGUGAUACAUUUAUAUACAUACAUGAGUGAAGAUAUUUUAUACGUCUUGAAUUACCUUUAUUUGAAAUUUCUCACGGUGCUGAAUUCUGUAGAUAAGAACAAUGAGAGUAAGAAAAAAGGAUUGCUCACUGAAUUGUCUAAAAUUAUUCCUCCAUGUUUUACUAUAUGGACAGGCGCAGAUAAUGGAUCUGGAAGAGUUGGACUUUGGUACAAGCCUGCACGUACAGAAAAUAAGAGAGUUCGUCCACCCCCAGCAGAUGUAGAUCCAGGGAACAAUCUGAGUGUAACUAAUGGUUAUAUAUAUCAACAUGAUCAAGUAACUUAUUACAAGAACUGUAGAAUGAUUAGUUGUUCUAUAUUCAAUACCUUAUUUUCAAUAUUUACACAUUAUAUAAAAUAUGUGAAAGAAAAUAAUAAUGAAGGAAAAAUUAACUUUUUGAAAAGAACAAGAAUUUUAAAAGAUAUAAUUUAUACUACAUCAUCUUAUAUAAAUAGUCUACAAUUAGAAGAAUGCAAUUAUUUCGAUUUUAUUUUUAAACGAUAUUCCACUUUUCGUAUUAUUGAAAAUUGGAAAGAUGUAUGUCAUAUAGGAGAUACACGUAUGAACCCACGAAAUGAAACUAUUUUAUUAAACUUAAUGGAUGAUAUACUCUCAUAUAUUUAUAUUUAUAUCACAGAUAAUAACAUUUCCAAUAUGGUCAAUGAAGAAAUUAUCAAGAUGACAAGAUACUUUUCUAUAUUUUCUAUUUCUUUGAAUUACUAUGAACAAAUAGAAGAAAAAAUACGUUCGAAUAAAAAUAUUCGCAUUCCAUUUAAAAUCAGAGGUAAAAAAAGACUUGGGAUAUCUGACAGUAUAGCUAGUGUGUACUAUGAUAGUAAUGGUAGUUCCGUUCGUUAUGAUGGAAAAAGUGACGACGAUGAUGAUUGUGAUGAUCACAGUUUGUCUGAACAAUCUUGUUCAUCUGAAAAAUAUCGAAAAACAAAAAAAAUCACAGAAUUUUAUAAUAAUGUUCUGAAUAGUUACAUUAAAAGAAUAGGUAAAAUGAAACUUGACAAUUUAUCUGUACGCAGCACAGUAUACAUCCUUGACACCACCAUUCGUGUAUUUAUUUUGAAUGCACUCAAUGGAAUUUCCUGCAAUUACAUCAUUAAGCAAGUCAAUGCAUUGCUCGACCACAUGUGGGAGAUCUCAGAUGAAAUCAACUUGUGUCAAUACCACUUGAUUUUCAGUGCAUGUCAAAAUAUUAUGGAUAACGAGAUCCUUUUACGUAAGUAUAGCGCCUUUAACAUUGCCAAGAGUAGGAAGUUGCUUUUAUACUUCAACGCCCGGAAGUGA